AUGCCUUUAUCAAUUCUCUCACUACCACUUCCUCCGCCAGUUUCUAUCUCUAACAAACUCAAACUCGCCGCCCCACUCCCAUUUCUACACCCCCAUCACCACUACCUUUGCUUCAGACCGCCACUUCUCACCACCACCACCACUACCACUGUCUCUGCUAUUGGACCGGACGGAAAAUUUUAUCCGACUCCAUCAGAUGAUGAUCCUCCUGAAGCCCCGGAGGAUUCCAUGCACGGUGUCAACAAGUUCCAGCAAAUUCAUCGCCAGGCUGCCCGUGCCCGCAAGAUUCAAGAAGAAGAUUUCAAGAAAAACCAGCCUGUUUUCCUUAAAGCUCUCGAAGAAACUGAGGAUAAUCCCAAUGCUCUUAACAAUGACGAUUCUGGGGACGAUCUUUUUGGUGAAAUAGACAAAGCUAUUGCUUUAAAACGUCAAGAGUUUAUCAAGAAGGGGCUGAUUAAGCCGGGUCCUAAUGGGAAGCCCAAGGCGGAGCUUGAAAGAAUUGAGGAAUUAGAGCCUGAAGAAGCGGUUGAUUUGGAUGAAAUUAAAGAGCUUCAAGGGUUGACUAGGAUUUCAGAUGAUGAAAAUGAGAGUGAAAUCGAUGAAAGCUUCGAAAAGUCUGAUUUUGAGGUUAGUGAUGGUGAACUUUCGAGCAAGUUAUCUUCGUUUGAUAUCGAUUUUGAUGAAUUUGGUAAAACCAAGGCUAGAAUUGUGGAACCCAAGUUUAAAAUGAGUUUAGUAGAGCUUUUAGACGAGAGUAAAGUAGUCCCCAUAGCAGUAUAUGGUAAUUUAGAGGUUGAAAUAAGUGGAAUUUCACAUGAUUCACGAGUUGUUGAGAGUGGUGAUUUGUUUGUGUGUUGCGUUGGAAGGAAAACUGAUGGACAUCUGUUUUUAUCUGAGGCGGAUAAGAGAGGGGCUGUUGCAGUUGUGGCUAGUAAGGAGGUUGAUAUAGAGGAGACGUUGGGUUGCAAGGCUUUGGUUAUUGUAGAGGAUACUAAUGCAGUGCUUGCUGCAUUAGCAGCUUCGUUUUAUAGAUAUCCCUCUAAUAGUAUAUCAGUGAUAGGUAUAACGGGGACAAAUGGGAAGACAACUACCUCAUAUUUGAUCAAGAGUAUGUAUGAGGCGAUGGGGUUGAGGACCGGGAUGUUGAGUACUGUGGCAUAUUAUGUUCAUGGGGAUAACAAGUUGGAGUCACCUAACACAACCCCAGAUGCUGUUUUGGUUCAGAAGUUGAUGGCAAAGAUGGUGCAUAAUGGCACAGAGGCAUUGGUUAUGGAGGCUUCUUCUCAUGGAUUGGCAUUAGGAAGGUGUGAUGAGGUUGAUUUUGAUAUUGCAGUUUUUACAAAUUUGACUAGGGAUCAUUUGGAUUUUCACGGGACUGAGGAAGAGUAUAGGGAUGCCAAGGCCAAACUUUUUUCAAAGAUGGUGGAUCCAGAACGCCAUCGCAAAGUUGUUAAUAUUGACGAUGUCAAUGCAGCUUUUUUUAUUGCACAGGGAAAUCCUGAUGUACCAGUUGUUACCUUUGCAAUGGAGAACAAGAAGGCUGAUGUUCAUCCUUUGAAGUUUGAACUAUCUCUAUUCGAGACUCAGGUUUUGGUCAAUACACCUCAAGGUAUAUUGGAAAUUUCAUCGGGCUUACUUGGGAGGCACAAUAUUUACAAUAUUUUGGCAGCUGUAGCUGUUGGAAUUGCAGUCGGGGCCCCUUUGGAGGACAUUGUUAGAGGAAUUGAAGAGGUUGAUGCAGUACCAGGUAGGUGUGAACUGAUAGAUGAGGAACAGGCUUUUGGAGUAAUUGUGGACUAUGCUCAUACGCCUGAUGCAUUGUCCAGACUUCUUGAUUAUGUGAGGGAACUUGGCCCAAGGAGGGUCAUCACUGUUUUUGGUUGUGCUGGAGAGAGUGACAGAGGGAAGAGGCCCAUGAUGACAAAAAUCGCAACUGAUAAAAGUGACAUCACAAUCUUGACAUCAGACAACCCAAAAAAUGAGGAUCCUUUGGACAUAUUGGAUGAUAUGUUAGCCGGUGUAGGAUGGACAAUGCAGGAUUAUUUGAAACAUGGAGAGAAUGAUUACUAUCCACCUCUCUCUAAUGGCCAUAGGCUUUUUCUGCAUGAUAUAAGACGAGUUGCUGUCCGAUGUGCUGUUGCUAUGGGUGAGGAAGGCGAUAUGGUUGUGGUUGCUGGUAAAGGCCAUGAAACAUAUCAAAUAGAAGGUGACAAGAAGGAGUUCUUUGACGAUCGUGAGGAAUGCCGAGAAGCACUGCAGUAUGUCGACGAGCUUCACCAAGCUGGGAUUGAUACGAGUGAAUUUCCAUGGCGGUUGCCGGAAAGUCAUUAA